AUGAGAAGACUCGAGUACUUCGAGUACAUCAGAGUUGAGGAGAUACAUGCCUUUGUGUCUCGCCUGUAUGGAUCAUCAGGGAAGCCGGUUGUGCUUAUAGAGCACCUCUUGCGUGUUACUCUCAGUAUUAUAAGCAUGAUGGUGCUGGGAGAUAAGUAUUUCGGUGUGUCGAGCGAUGAUCGAAUCGGAUCGAAUUCGGUACUGAGUCUGCCAGAGUUCCAAGAGUUGCUAAAGGAGUUUUUCUUGCUGAAUGGAGUGGUCAACAUUGGGGAUUGGAUACCUUGGCUAGACUGUUUGGAUUUGCAGGGCUACAUAAAGAGAAUGAAGGCUGUGAAGGGAAAACUCGACCGUGUGUUGGACAAACAUAAGAGAAAAAAGAAGGAAUUAUCAGAGAAUUUUGUGCCACAAGACACGGUGGAUGUACUGCUGCAAUUAGCUGAUGGUCCUGAUGUUGAUGCUAAGCUCACUAAUGACAAUGUCAAGGGUCUCAUUGUGGUAAUAUAUUUUGCUCAUUCAUUCUAUUUUCCCUUUGAAACUGAACAAUUAUUCAAUUUUUAUUGA